AUUAUUUUGUUCUUAAUAUCUUAAAAAAAUUGAAGGCUAUUCUUUACCUGUAAGCACCUUUAAAAACAAAAAGGCGAUCACAUUAACAGCUAUUGCUAUUACCCAAUUUAAAUGUUGUAAACAAGACAGACUAUUAUCUGCAAUAACCUACAAAAAAAGAUCGGAGGGAACACUUUCAAUUAAUAUAAAUUGCCAUCAAUGAUCAAAAUGGGGGAACGGUAGAGCGAAACGCAAAGAAUAAAUUGCGCAGACAUUAUCCUAAAGUGCCAAGGAUGAAAGUCAAACUUUUCUUAAUCAUCUUUACUCUGUUGAUUAUUCUAAAUCAGCUCGCACAUGCUCGUCGAGGCCGUGCCAGGGCAAGAACCAAGUCAAGGGUACAAAUAGGGCUGCCGAUCACUGGCAAAUACAGAGAUCCGGAAUCGGAUCAGUAUUACAACAAUAACAAUGGUGCCAAGAUAACGCUUGCCUCACAUUUCGAUUUUGAAUACGUUCUGGGUCAUAAGAUUGCCUUCUUAUGCGUGGCCCGUGGAAACCCCCGGCCGCAUAUCACUUGGUACAAAGACGGUACCGAAAUAUUCUCUCAUCAAUACCUGAACAUUCACGAAUGGAAAGCAGGUAAUGACCAGAUGAAGAGUAAAUUGGAAAUCGAUCCGGCAACACAAAUGGACGCGGGCGUUUACGAGUGCACCGCCGAUAACAUGUACUCAAUCGACCGUAGAUCAUUCAAAACUGAUUUCAGUAUUGCUUUCGAUUAGAGCAUCAAUAUGCAAUUAAAACCUUAGAAACCUA